UAAUGUUCAUAUUGCACAAUUUUCUCACCUAUACUCUUUCUUUUCAAAACAUAAUGUGGUUUGCAAAGAAUUCACUUUUCUUCUUAUUCUUCACCUUUAUUCUUCUUUCUCCGUCACAAUCAUCUGUAUGGGCAGAGAAAAAGUGUUACAUAGUGUACUUGGGAUCACAUCAUCAUGAUGAAGGCGUUACAGAAGCAGAUUUCGACCGAGUUACCGACACUCAUCAUGAGUUCCUUCAAUCAUACCUUGGAAGUUAUGAGAAAGCAAAAGAGUCAAUGAUAUAUUCUUACACAAGGAAUAUCAAUGGCUUUGCUGCGAUUCUCGAUGAGAAAGAAGCUUUUGACAUUGCGGAACAUCCAAACGUUGUGUCAGUGUUGUUAAACCGACGUAGAAAGUUACACACGACACAUUCGUGGGAAUUCAUGUCAAUGGAACACAAUGGUGUUGCACCAACUGGAUCUAUCUUAAGAAAAGCUAGAUAUGGUGAAGAUACUAUUAUUGGGAAUCUUGAUAGUGGUGUAUGGCCGGAAGAUCCCAGCUUUGGAGAUGAUGGAAUCGGUCCGAUUCCUUCGAGGUGGAAGGGAACUUGUCAGGGAGAUAACCUUUCUAUUGGCUUCCAUUGCAACAGGAAGCUGAUAGGAGCAAUGUACUUCAAUAAAGGUUUCUUGGCGGAUGCAGGUCCAAAUGCAAAAUAUAACAAAACACUGAUGAACACUGUGAGAGACUACCACGGUCAUGGAUCUCACACGUUAUCGAUAGCAGGAGGAAACUUUGUUUCUGGAGCUAAUGUUUUCGGCUUUGGAAAUGGAACUGCUAAAGGUGGUUCUCCCAAAGCUAGAGUCGCGGCUUACAAAGUAUGCUGGCCACAGACUAUUGGCCAUGCGUGUUAUGAUGCUGAUAUCGUAGCGGCUUUUGAUAUGGCGAUUAACGAUGGAGUUGAUGUUCUAUCUAUUUCUAUUGGUAACAAGGACCCUCAACAAUAUUUUAAGGAUGGUCUUUCAAUUGCUGCAUUUCAUGCCGUUAAGAAAGGUAUCACUGUGGUAUGCUCAGGUGGAAAUUCUGGACCAAAUCCUGGAUCUGUUACUAAUAUCGCACCUUGGAUACUAACUGUUGCUGCAAGUACAUUAGAUAGAGAGUUUUAUAAUUCUGUUUCUCUCCUUGAUGGACAAAGCUUCAAGGGUGGGAGCUUUUCUAGUACUUUGCCAGAAACCAAGUUUUAUCCAUUAAUCAGUGCUGCUGAUGCAAAGUUAGAUCAAGCAUCUGUUGAAAAUGCUUCUAUCUGUAGUAAUGGAACUAUUGACCCUAAGAAAGUUAGAGGCAAAAUAUUGGUUUGUGUUGGCGGUAUUUUUGCAGGAAUUGAAGAGAGUCUUGUUGCUUUGCAAGCUGGUGCAGUUGGAAUGAUUCUUUGUAAUGAUGAGUUUGGUGGCAGUGACAUUGCUAAUGAUGAUGUUCAUUUCUUGCCAACAUCCCAGAUUACUUAUGAAGAUGGUAUUUCUGUUUUUUCAUACUUAAAUUCAACCAACAAUCCACAAGGUUAUAUUCAUCCACCCAUAACCAAGUUGAACAAACAACCUGCUCCAACAAUGGCAGAUUUCUCCUCUAGAGGCCCCAACAGAAUCACACCAGAGAUCCUCAAACCCGAUAUAACUGCGCCAGGUGUGGACAUUAUCGCGGCAUAUUCACAAGGGAUCAGCCCUACCCCCCGAUUGGCUUUUGAUAAACGCAGGGUUCCUUUUAUAACAAAGUCCGGAACAUCCAUGUCGUGUCCUCAUGUCGCGGGAAUCGCCGGCCUUCUCAAGACUCUCCAUCCUGAUUGGAGUCCAUCAGCUAUUAAAUCUGCAAUCAUGACAACGGCUAGGACAAGGGACAACACUGCUAGACCAAUCCAUGAUCACAUUAAUGCUAAGGCAACACCAUUUUCCUAUGGAUCAGGUCACAUUCGACCGAACCGCGCCAUGGAUCCUGGUUUGGUCUAUGACUUGAGCACCAAUGAUUACCUAAACUUUCUUUGUUAUCUUGGUUAUAACCAGACACUGAUUAACAAGUUUUCUGAUACACAUUACCGCUGUGAAGAUAUAAACAUCAUGGAUUUCAACCUUCCUACAAUAACAAUACCUAAACUAAAUGGUUCGGUUACUUUGAGUAGGAAGGUGAAAAAUGUUGGUCCAGCAGGCACAUACACUGCAAAGGCUCGUGCAACAGCAGGAGUUUCCAUAUCUGUGAAUCCUAAGAAAUUGGAAUUUUACAAGAUUGGUGAAGAGAAGAGCUUUCAGUUGACACUUGAAGUUACUAGAGCGGGUUUGGCUACUGUGUUUGGAGGGCUAACUUGGUCAGAUGGUAAACACUAUGUUAGGAGUCCAAUUGUAGUUGGGGGAGUGAAAGGUUAAAAGUUUAGAUUAUUUAUACUGUGUUAGCAGGCACAUACACUGUGUUUAUGCAUGUAUGCAUGUGUCAAAUAAAAUUGAGGAAUUAAGAUGACAUGAAGGAAAUAGUUACAGAAUGGCUUACUAGUGUAGUUGGUAGUAAACACUUGAUAGUUGUUGCAUCUUGAUUAAUAAUGGAAUAUUGGGUUCUCUAAUAGUAAGACAUGUUCCAUCGAUCCUUCUCUCCCAUCUCGCUCAGUUUGCUUUAGGUUUUGGUUUCAGCCACAUUGUCUAUCUUUAGAAUGAUAUGUAACUUAUAUUGUCUAUCACUUGGAAGGCUUUGACUUAAUUACUUAUAUAAAAUUGGUGAAAAUUUUAUUGCAUUA